AAAAAGUAUCAACAAAGUUAAUAAAAAGCAAUAGUAAUAUUAAUAUAUAUCAGUUAAAUGUUACAAAUACAAUAAAAAUGGGACUUUACUUAAGUUCACCCAAAAUGAUGAGUGUUCGGCUUUAAUCUGGUACAAUAAGUCCACAAUUAUAGAUGCUUGGUAAUUCCAAACGUAUCAAUGAACUUCCCAGUGGUGUAAUCCAAAGUAAGAUCUCAGUUAACUCAAUCUCGAAUGAAAAUAGAACGAGGAAUGUGAGAGAAGCAGUGUAUUUGUUAGCCAGCCACGGUAUGUCACGCUAUGUUAGAAUCACAACGGAGUGUUCAAGGUCAUUUACUAAAACAACAGGUACAAUCAUUUAAUGAUAAAUGUACAUGUAGUGAGAAAUUGACAAAAUAAAUACCAAUAAUAUUAAAAACUAUUUACAAAAUAAGCUUGUCAGACCUAUCUCCACAUAGCUCCUACCAGAGUGUCCGGAGGUACCACUGGUUAUAAUAACAAAAAAAAGUAUGAAUAUGAUAUAUAUGUAUUUACAAAAAUAUUAUUUACAGUUAUAACCAACAAAGAUUGUGAAGAUGGAUAUGACAUAUACUUUAAUAAGAUGCAGUGUGUUAUCGUUUGAGAAUAGCAGUGAUGUAGCAUAUCAUAACGAACACACACAAAAAAUGAAAAUACUGUCAUUUAAUGUCUUGUUCGGCUAACAAUGAUAAUAAUGUGUAAAACUGUUAAUGACCCACACACACAAACAAAAUUGAACUGUUUAUUUUUGUGUAUAAUGAAUAAAUAAUUAGAUAGUUUGCCCGCUUAUUAUUGUAACAAAUUUUUUUUGAAAAAAAAUGUGAGAAAACGAAUAAUUGUGGAACAAUGUGAUUAAUUAUGAACACUGUGAAAAGAAAAAAAUUUUUUUAGAUGAGACUGAUAGUGUAGGUCCUCGAUAAUUGUUUACUUUGAUUGUUUCAGUUGUUUUUUUAUACGGCAAAAUGUACAUAACGCUUUGGUUAUUUUAUAAGUCUCCCAGAACGUGUUAAACAAGAGGGUGUAGUGCUAAGUUUUUCCUCUUCCUCUUGUUUCUUAGCAAUAGAUGGGAGUGAUUGUUUGUUCGCAGUAUUGUCUUCUUUGUCUUGAGGGACUUCGUAGAAAGCUGGUUUUAUUCGGUCUAUGGAAAUUGUCUCAUGGUUACCAUUUUUGUUGAUAAUGAAAUAUUUGUGAGUGCGUUUUAUUACUUUAUAAGGGCUUUCAUAUGGUGGUGUCAGUGGCUUUUUUACCGCGUCUACUGGAACAAAAUCAAAUUUGCACGUUUCUAAAUGUUUAUCGAGAUGAACUCGGUCGUUGUAUUCUCGAGGUGGUAUUGCUCUGAUGUUCUGCAUCAUUUGUAAUAGGCGACUUGCGAAGUGAGUAGAAUCCCCGUGCGUUGAAAGUUCAUAGUUGACUAGUUGACCAAGUAACGUUAGAGUUGUACCAUAGACUAACUCGGCGGCUGUACAUCCAAUGUCUUCCUUUAUGGUUGAACGAAUACCGAGGAGUACAAGCGGUAAGGCAUCGCUCCACUUUGAUGAGUCAGCUUGCGCCAUCAGUGAGCUUUUUAAUUGGCGAUGGAAUCUUUCAACCAUGCCAUUAGCUGCUGGGUGGUAAGCUGUGGUUUUAAUAUGUUUGACCCCUAGAAGUUUAGUGAACUCCUGAAAAAGGACAGAUUGAAAUUGGGGACCACGAUCUGUUAUGAUUAUUGAUGGUACUCCAUAGUUAGAUAUCCAGCGGUCGAGGAAGACUGAAGCGACUGUUUCUGCCGAAGUGUCUUUUAUAGGGCAGGCUAUGGCCCAUCUUGUGAACCUAUCUAUUGCGGUGAGGAUAUAUGUGAAAGAGUUUGAUGGUGGCAGAGGCCCAACUAAAUCUAAAUGCACGUGCUGGAAGCGUUUGUCAGGGAUAGGGAACUUCCCAAUUGGACUGUAGGUGUGUUUUUGCGUCUUACUGCGUUGGCACUGGAGACAGCUACGUGUCCAACGUUUAACAUCCGAGUUGAUUUUAGGCCACACAAAACGUUCGGUAAUGAGCUUUGUUAUUGCUCUGAUGCCUGGAUGUGAAAGACAGUGCAAGUGCUGAAAUACUUUUCGUCGGCAAGCGUGUGGGACAAACGGACGAUUGUUGCCUGUUGAAGUGUCGCACAUGAUAAAUGCAUCUGAAAGAGGAAUUGGUACAGGUUUGAGAUCUAAGCUAGACUUUUCUUUGCAGACUUUCAAUUCUGCAUCGUCUGCUUGUAAUUUACCCAAGGUUUCAAGGCUGAUGUCAUGAUUGAGUACCAUCGUAUUGAUAUCCCUCCUAGAUAGUGCAUCUGCAACAAUGUUCGUGUGACCUUUGAUAAACCUGAUGUCUGUGGUAAAUUGGGAGAUAUAAUCAAGUUGUCUUGCUUCUCGUGGAGAGUGUUUGUCAUACGAUGUGCUAAAAGAAUGGUAAAGGGGUUUGUGAUCUGUCAUAAUGAUGAAAUCACGACUCUGUAGCAAAAAGUUGAAAUGUUUUACUGCUAAAUACAUAGCUAAGAGUUCGCGUCCAAAAGUACUAUAACGUUCUUAUGCUGGCGAUAAUCUCUUGGAGAAAAAGGCAAUGGGGGUAAUCGUGUUGUUUACUCGCUGUUGUAAUACUGCCCCUACGGCUUUUUGUGAAGCAUCCGUGCACAGGAUCAACAGUGUUGUGGGGUCAGUAUUUAGGUGUUGGAGCAUGGUAGCAUUAGCAAUCAUGGAUUUAGCUUUUUCAAAUGCUACUUUGGCAUCGGAAGGUAACUUGAAUAUUUGGUUCUUUUCUUCCUUGGUACCUGAUUUAUCGUUUUUCAGUAAAUCUGUCAACGGCUGUAGUACAUCGGCGCAAUUUGGUAGAAAUCGUCGACGAAAAUUGCAUGUUCCAAGAAAACAACGCAGUGAUUUUACUGAGGUUGGUUCUGGGUAGCUGGUGAUGGCUCUGACUUUCUCUUCAAGCGGUUUAAUUCCUUGGGAAUCAGUGUGGUAUCCCAGGAAUUCCAGAGAUGAGGCGCCAAAUAUACACUUCGAAGGGUUGAUUACAACACCAUAACUUUUGAGACGUUCAAAAAGCGUGUGUAAGUGCUGAACAUGUUCUUCAGUGGAAGAACUAGCGAUUAAAACAUCGUCGAUAUAGACAAAUACGAAAUCCAGACCUCUAGUUACUUCGUCCAUAAAUCUCUGAAAGGUUUGAGCGGCGUUUUUUAGUCCGAAAGGCAUCCUCAAGAAUUCAAACAAGCCAAAAGGUGUGAUUACGGCUGUUUUCUCGAUAUCCUCAGGUCCCAUCGGUAUUUGAUGGUAUGCUCGGACUAGAUCUAACUUUGAAAAGAUCUGUUUUCCACGUAGAUUUAAAGAAAAAACAUGCAGAUGAGGGAUUGGAUACCUGUCUGAGAUAGUCUGGUUAUUCAAUCGGCGAUAAUCUCCACAUGGGCGCCAGUCUUGAUCUUUCUUGAGAACCAUAUGCAGCGGCGAGGCCCGAGGACUGUUGGAUGGUUUAAUAAUACGAAGUUGCAUCAUAUGUUCGAAUUCUCUUUUAGCUACUUGCAACUUGCUUGGCGGUAGUCUCCUCGCCCUGGCGCUAAUAGGUGGACCGGUGGUAAUGAUGUGGUGUUGCACCUGAUGUGGAUUACAUUCCUCUUGAUAAUCUGAUUUCGUGAUGCAUUCGUAUUCUGACAGAAUGUCGUUGAAAACGUUGUUCGCAGGUUUCAUUAUCCGUACACCAUGGAUUUCAUAGUCGUUGGAAGGUGUACCAUCUACCUGUAAACGUGUAUUUGCGUCGAUUAAUCUCUUCUUGGUCAUAUCUACUAACAAAUUGUAGGCACCGAGGAAAUCAGCUCCGAGGAUGGGUUGUUUGACUUGGGCAACUAUGAAAACCCAUGUGAAUUGUCUUCGGAGUCCAGGGUCUAAUAUAAGAGAUUGCUCUCCGUAAGUUUCGAUAAUUGAUUCGUUAGCCGCAAUGAGAGACAGCUUAGUGUUUGUUGUUUCUUGUCUUCGGGAGAGGUGAAGUGGGAUAAUGCUAAUCUCUGCUCCUGUAUCGACUAAAAAAUCCGAGCCAGA